UCUAGCUUCUGGAUCAGGUUUUGUAUGCUGUUUCUGAAAAAUCUCAACUGGGGUUUCUUUAGUCAAGAAACUUCCAAGUUCGUCUAUUGCGGUUGGAUCCAAGUCUUUUUUUUCUUUUUCUUUGUACUGUGAUAUGUUUGUGCCCCAAUCUGAAAUUACUUUUCUUGACUUGAAUAUGUUUAUAAAGUCUGAUGUUUGAACUUCUUUAUGACAUUGUGUUUACAGAGCUGUGGUUUUCUUGAUGGAAAUCUUUAGCAUCAUGAGAAGCUGUUUUCCAGAAUGAGUUUCUUGAUCCUGUUUCAUAUAUAACAUCUAAUCUAUCAUCCGAUGGCCUCAAAGAAGCAUGGAGAUGAUUUGGAAGCUAAACUGGCUUCUAAACUAUUGAUUACUAAACCAGAAACUGCUAUGGUUCCUAAAGUCAGUGAACAAGUGGGGACCGAAAUCGAAUGCCCACCUGAUGUUUCUGUGGAUCAAGAAAAGAAAACAGGUGAAAGAGGAAGUGUUAAAUCUAGCUCGGUUUCAGAUAAAGUUAGCGAUGGGAACAGUAGCCUUGUCAAAACUGAUUUUGUGGAGAGCGGGAAGAGUAGUAUGUGUAGAGGAAGCACAAGCAGCAAUGUAAGCGAUGAGAGCAGCUGUAGUAGUUUCAGUAGCAGUGUCAACAAGCCACAUAAAUCGAAUGAUAUGAGGUGGGAAGCCAUCCAAGUGGUUCGAGCUAGAGAUGGGGCUUUGGGUUUGACCCAUUUCAGAUUGUUGAAAAGAUUAGGGUGUGGUGAUAUUGGGAGUGUUUACUUGGCGGAAUUGACUGGAACUAAAGCAUAUUUUGCAAUGAAAGUCAUGGAUAAAGCAUCUCUAGCCAGCCGUAAGAAGCUUCUUCGAGCUCAAACAGAAAGAGAGAUACUGCAAUCUCUGGACCACCCGUUUCUUCCAACGCUGUACACCCACUUUGAGACCGAUAAGUUUUCAUGUUUGGUGAUGGAGUUCUGUCCUGGAGGGGACUUGCACACUCUUAGGCAGAGACAGCCCGGGAAACACUUUACCGAGCAAGCUGUUAAAUUUUAUGUGGCGGAGGUGCUGUUAGCCAUGGAAUAUCUUCACAUGCUCGGGAUCGUUUACCGGGACCUUAAACCAGAAAACGUCCUUGUGAGAGAAGACGGACAUAUAAUGCUCUCGGAUUUCGAUCUUUCACUUCGUUGCACUGUUAGCCCCACUUUAGUAAAAUCUUCAUCUAUGGACUCCGAACCUCUUCGUAGAAACACCGUUUAUUGUGUCCAACCAGCUUGCAUCGAGCCUUCCUGUAUUCAGCCUUCAUGUGUGGUCCCUACAUCUUGCUUCUCCCCUCGCUUUUUCUCAAGCAAAUCCAAGAAAGAACGGAAAAACAAAAUCAAGAACGAAAUAGGAAACCAAGUUAGCCCGUUGCCGGAGCUCAUGGCUGAACCAACGAGUGCCCGAUCAAUGUCGUUUGUGGGAACCCACGAGUACUUAGCCCCUGAGAUCAUUAAAGGUGAAGGCCAUGGAAGUGCUGUAGAUUGGUGGACUUUUGGAAUAUUCCUAUACGAAUUAUUAUUUGGUAGAACCCCGUUUAAAGGGUCGGGUAAUCGUGCCACAUUGUUUAAUGUCGUGGGCCAGCCUCUUCGGUUUCCGGAAUCACCGGUUGUGAGUUUUUCUGCAAGGGAUCUUAUCAGGGGUUUGCUGGUGAAAGAACCUCAACAUAGAUUGGCAUAUAAAAGAGGUGCCACUGAGAUUAAGCAACACCCGUUCUUCGAAGGUGUUAACUGGGCUUUGAUCCGGUGUGCUACACCGCCGGAUGUCCCGAAGCCAGUUGAAUUCGAACGACUCUCUGCUCCCAUCGCAUCAACAAGUGAAAAGACCAAUGUACCCCCUGUGGCUGCUCCAAACCAAAAAGGUUCAGACAAUUACUUGGAGUUUGAUUUCUUCUAGUGAUUGAAGUAAAUGGCUGUGGAUUUUGUGGUUUGCUGUUUCUUGGGUUGGGGAGGGAUGCUUGUAUUUUUCUUCAGAUCAAUUACAUGACACUUGUGAGUGACUGGUAAUUGUCUCUUAUUGCAUUGCAUCUUGCCAUUUGUCAAAUUCUAGGCCUGAGGAUAUCACUCAAAAGGAGCUGAACUCAUAUAACAGACUUUUCUGGCUUAUUUUUUGAGCUUAUUGAAAAACUUGUAUUUGGUUUUCCGUAAGUAAACCAAAGGCUACUUUUCUUUGUUC